AUGAGAGAAUCCAGCGUGGUACUUUGUGGCGCCCGUGCUGAUCGACGCAGCAAGGCUCGAUACAGGGAUUGUAUUAUGACCCCCCAUCACCUUAAGAUGAGCAAAUGCAAGGGCAUGGAUGCUGGACGUGAUAUGGUUGGGGUCUCUGCACCCCUCAAUCUCUCGGAUAAACAGGCGGAUAAUGAGGCAAGCUCGUCAGCAGCCUGA